AUGUCUAGCUUCAGCGGCGACGAAACUGCCCCUUUCUUCGGAUUCCUCGGCGCGGCCGCAGCCCUCAUCUUCUCCUGUAAUUUCCCCCAAUUUCGGCGACCUUUAUCUCGGACUCCUAUUCCCAUGGGGGCGGCGUACGGCACGGCGAAGAGCGGCGUCGAGGUGGCGUCCAUGGGUGUGAUGCGGCCGGAGUUCAUGAUGAAGUCGAUAGUUCCCGUUGUCAUGGCCGGAGUCCUGGGGAUUUACGGUCUCAUCAUUGCGGUGAUCAUAAGCACCGGGAUCAACCCCAAGGCCAAGUCGUAA